UUAAUAGUGUUUUGACAUAAUUUUUAUGCUUUCAACUUUCAGGAAUUUUCUGUCUAAGCCAAAUUAGUGCACUGCAGAGAGAUAAAUGGUCAUGGAGUUGAUAAAUGCUAACCCUGUGGUACAUGAGAGAAAAGAGAGGCACACCAGACAAGCACCUGAAAGCACAGAUGAAACUGCAGUGGAGCUCAUAGACCAGCUAGAAAUAUUUGAGCAUAUUAGAGAUAUAAAGGACCCCGAGCACCCAUACUCAUUGGAAGAGCUUAAUGUGGUAACUGAAGACUCGGUUGAAAUCAGUAAUGAACUCAGUCAUGUCAGGGUCACUUUCACCCCAACAGUGGAGCAUUGCAGUAUGGCAACUCUUAUUGGCCUUUGCUUACGUGUGAAGCUCAUGCGGAGUCUUCCUCCUCAUUACAAGGUAGACAUAAGGGUGGCGCCUGGAUCACAUGCAACUGAAGCUGCCUUGAACAAGCAACUGAACGACAAAGAACGUGUUGCGGCUGCAUUGGAAAACUCAAACCUGCUGGACACAGUCGAGGAGUGCCUGUCAUCAACGCUUGGUUGAGACCUGAAUUACAACUGAAAUUGCCAACGCGUUGAUAUGCUCAGACUAGUGCAGAUUAAUUUCAUCCGAGAUAAAUACCUAGGGUGGUGCAGGUCGUGUGCAUGAAGUUUUGGUGCUGCCGCUUCAGCUCUCAUAUCGUAAUCUGUAUGUCCUUGAGUGCUACUGUUUUCCUAUUUCAUGGAGAAACUGGGUGCUGUUCUGUUUUUGUACGUUCUCAUUGUAUAUCGGGUGAUGAUGUGAUGAUUGGUGCAAUCUCUCAAAAGAUGUAUGAUUAGUCUU